UAGUAUUUUGUCCCUCUCCUGCUGCCGUACCAGAUAUUGUAUUACUCACUGAAUUCGAGGUUACUGGAACUUGUGUUUCGGGGAGCCGGCUGGCGUUGCGGGCACCAUGGAGUCACCUUUCAGCCCCGGACUCUGUCACAGACCAGAUGAAGAUUGGGAUUCUACACUCUUUGCUGAACUUGGUUAUUUCACAGACACAGAUGAACUGCAAUUGGAUGCAGCAAAUGAAACUUACGAAAGUCAUAUUGAUCAUCUUGAUUUUGAUUUGGAUUUGAUGCCUUGGGAGUCAGACAUUUGGAGCAUAAACAACCAGUUCUGUACAGUUAAAGAUAUUAAGGCAGAACCUCAGCCACUUUCUCCAGCUUCCUCAAGUUGUUCGGUCUUGUCUCCUCAGUCAGUGGACUCUUGUUCUUCAACUCAGCAUGUUCCUGAGGAGUUGGAUUUGUGUUCUAGCUCCCAGAUGUCUCCUCUUUCUUUGUAUGGUGAAAGCUGUAACAGUCCAUCCUCAGGAGAGCCACCAAAGGAAGACAAACCCAUUAUUGGUCCUAGAAACAAAACUGAAAAUGGAAUGACUCCAAAGAAAAAAAUUCUGAUGAGUUCAAAACCUUCAAUUCAGCCCAAGCCUUUAUUACUUCCAGCAGCACCAAAGGCUCAAACAAGCUCCAGCGUUGCAGCAAAAACCAUCCUUAUUCAGACUCUACCGACACUUAUGCCAUUGGCAAAGCAACACCCAGUUAUCAGUAUACAACCUGCACCCGCUAAAGGUCAGACCAUUUUGCUCUCUCAGCCUACUGUCGUACAACUUCAGGCUCCUGGAGUUCUGCCCUCUGCUCAGCCUGUCCUUGCCGUCCCUGGGGGAACCACACAGCUGCCUAAUCAUGUGGUAAAUGUGGUGCCAGCCCCUGUGGUGAGCAGCCCAGUGAAUGGAAAACUUUCUGUGACUAAACCUAUCCUACAAAGUACCACGAGAAGUGUGGGUUCAGAUAUUGCUGUGCUAAGAAGACAGCAGCGUAUGAUAAAAAAUCGAGAGUCUGCUUGUCAGUCACGCAAAAAGAAGAAAGAAUAUAUGCUAGGGCUGGAGGCGAGGUUAAAGGCUGCUCUUUCAGAGAAUGAGCAGCUGAAGAAAGAGAACGGAUCACUGAAGCGUCAGCUAGAUGAAGUUGUGUCGGAGAACCAGAGGCUUAAAGUUCCCAGUCCGAAGCGAAGAGCGAUCUGUGUGAUGAUAGUCUUGGCAUUUGUAAUCCUGAACUAUGGACCCAUGAACAUACUGGAACAGGACCCCAGAAGAACGAACCCUAAUGUGAACACUGCAAAUCAAAGGAGGCAUCUUUUAGGAUUUUCUGCUAAAGAAGAACAAGGAACAUCAGAUGAUAUCAUCCAGAAAAAUAGCUACAGGUAUGAUCAUUCUGUUUCAAAUGACAAAGCCCUAAUGGUACUAACUGAAGAACCACUACUUUAUAUUCCUCCACCUCCUUGUCAACCCCUGAUUAAUACAACCGAGUCUCUCAGGUUAAAUCAUGAACUGCGAGGUUGGGUUCACAGACAUGAAGUAGAAAGGACCAAGUCAAGAAGGAUGACAAAUAAUCAACAGAAGACCCGUAUCCUUCAGGGUGCUCUGGAACAGAGCUCAAAUUCUCAGCUGAUGGCUGUUCAAUACACAGAAACCACUAGUAUCAGUAGCAACUCAGGGAAUGAGUUACAAGUAUAUUAUGCUCCAGCCGGAAGUUAUCAAGACUUCUUUGAAGCUAUUCGCAGGAGGGGAGACACAUUUUAUGUUGUGUCAUUUCGAAGGGAUCACCUGCUAUUACCAGCUACUACCCAUAACAAGACUUCAAGACCAAAAAUGUCAAUUGUAUUACCAGCAAUUAACAUAAAUGAAAACGUGAUCAAUGGGCAGGAUUAUGAAGUGAUGAUGCAGAUUGACUGCCAGGUGAUGGACACCCGGAUCCUCCACAUCAAAAGCUCCUCAGUUCCUCCUUACCUCCGAGAUCAGCAGAGGAAUCAAACCAACACCUUCUUUGGUUCCCCUCCAGCAGCCACAGAGGCAGCCCACGUUGUCAGCACCAUCCCCAAGUCGUUACAGUGAGGUGGGAAAAUAGAGUGGGACCUGGUGGACUGAAGAGUGGGGAAGAAGAACUCUGCUUUCUGUGUCCAUGGCAGCAGGCAGAGAGCUGCCUCCUACUCCAGUUCCGGGAGGAGAGAAGGAAGAAGGAGCUGGUAUUUCAAACUGCCAGAAUUUAGAUGUGAGAGAAUAUUUCUCCAGUGGCAAAUGUAGCCUUCAUCCUCCAGUGUUACCUGGUACAGAUUUUCCCCCCACACCUUUCUAAACUGCUUUUCAUUCUGUAUUUGUGUUUACUCUUGCUUUCAAAUAAGAACUACUUCCCCUUUCUACCAUUUCACUUGUUGAUAAAUAGUUUUUAUUUAAAGCAGUACCCCUCCAAAACACAGAUGGCUUCCACUGAUUGAUUUUCCCAUUUCUUUACUGCAAACCUAUUCUGGAUUUUGUGCUUGAGAAAAUAAAUUUGAAAACCAGAACAGCCAAAAGCAUCCCACACAGAUUCAAAACUAUUUGGAGCUUUGGAUAAAAAGGAAUAUCCCCAGGUGGUAAAGUUUGCUUUUACUUGGGAUUUGUGGUUCAUAUGUAAACAAAUAACUGUGUUUGGUAUCUGAGGUUGGGCCACAAAUUUGAGAGAACAGAAGGGAAGAGGAAGUUCAGUGGUGGACCUUGAAAAAGGGGGUAGCUCCACUAAUACGUGUGUUCAAACAUUGGAAGUUUGAUGCUAUUGCAGUUUCAGAUGAAAGCCAUAGCUACUGUUUAUUGUCAGGAUUCCAGGCUGCUGAGUGGUGCAUGCAAACUGAUUUCAUCUCUUGACUUAUCUGGUACAGAUACUCAAAGACCACAGGGCAAAUCCCUCAUUUUCAGUGUGAAUCCUCCGUGGUACCAAAUUCAAAUAAGGAACGUGAAGGUGACUGGAGAUUUAAAUCAGGCCAGAGCUUUUUCUCUUCAACUAAUAGGUACUUUCUCCUUAAGAUGAUGCAGUCAGGCAGGCUCCUACUGAGUGUGUCUUACAACAUGGCAGUCAUUUUCAGUUCCUCCCAUGAUAGACAAUAAAAGAAUAAACUUUUGUUGUCAAAGAAGAGCUUACAUUUUACUGAACUUUGCCUACUUUCUUUGGCAUGGCAGACAGUUAAAUUAUGCCUCAGUAGAUGACUUCACAAAUACAGAUCUCAGGCAGCAAUGUCCUCUCCAGUGGUCUACCUUCAGUUUCUAAGGUGAGCCCUUCUGCUCUCCAUUGUGAAACUUUUCAGUCUCUUGAUAGAACUCAUUCCGCAAAUGCUGUUUUUCACCCCAAUUAACUUGGCUCUGUCAGAUUUCUUACCUCUCCAUUCUAUAUUGUAUCAGUUAAUUCUUCUUCCUCUUCCUUCUUUCAAGAAAAGGAAAGAAAAGUCAACCCCUAAAGGACUACAUACAUUCAGUUCAUUUUCUGGCUGUGAACCAAUCAAGCCUGGCUUCUAAAUAAUUGUAAACCACCACCACCAUUUCUAAUUUUAUGGACAUCGAUGCCUCUCAAGCUAGUUACUUUCCCAGGAAAUCAGUUUAACUUGGAGGUGGAGGGCUGUUGCUUUAUUACCUGGUCACCUGGAGUUUGAGCUAACCUUUCUUUUUUCCCGCACCACAGACUGUUAAGUCAGUGCAGCAGUGAUCUGAUCAUUUUCAGACAAGAACUGUUUUCCCUGGCAUUUGUUCUUUUAAUGGCUGCCAAAGAGUAGACAACAAAUGCCUAAAAGCCUCUUAGGUUACUGGCAGUCUUCGAGUGGGAUGUCCUAUGGUCCUGCUCCUUCUCAUCCUGUAAUAUGAAUUAGCCAACAAACGGCUAUGACUGUGGCUAGCCGGCAGUGACACCAUGGCCAUUCCCAAGCUUCUAAUCUGCUGGAACUGCCACAUGUUAUGGUAGUUACAAACACAGGAUGUCUGGAGUGGCUGUAAGUGGAGCCUUUCCUCUCUUUUGCACUGAAUCACACAAGAAGCAGCCACUACAGGGCUUCUUGUCUUUAGCAUUUUGCUUUCCCUUCUUUCUUCUAUUCUUAGCUUUUUCUGUGCUUGUUCUUCCAACUGUCAGACAGAAGCCUUCUGUAAUGUCACAUUCACCAGCAUUACCGCCUCUGUGAUGGGUGAGCGCGUGGGUGGUGGGUGGCAGGCACAGACAGAUGUCUGGGUGGCCACACUCCAGUCAUGGAGCUGAGGAAGCGACGGAUGCUUGGAAGCCGCUGGGUGCUCUGCCUUUCUCACUCAGUGACCCCCCAGCUCCUUACCAUUGUUCUUGAUCUGAUCCUUUUCUGGAUGGAGGAGGAAAACAAGAGAGCCACCUCAGGGUAGAAUUUCAGGAAACAUGGCAGCUGACAAAUUACAAAGAAUUCUGUUGGCUAAAUUUCGGGCACAGUUGUUAUUAAUGCCCAGGCACAAUGGUAGUUGUUAUUUUAGUGUUUGUGUGUCAACCCAAAGCCCUUUAGGAGAUAGAGAACUACUAGAGGGGUUAAUAAAUGAGACAAGCGUUUGAGUUUCAGUUUUUGGUGGGAUUGCCUUUGGGGAGAUAUAUCUUUUUUAAUUUAUUAAGUUUUAAAGUGAGAUUUUUGCAGAUGUGUCAGAAAACUAGGCUCAUGGAGGAAGGCAGUCCACCUGGUAUCAGAUGAUUUUUGUUCUUUGGCCAACACUACUGUACUUGGAAAGAGGUGGUGGAGACUGACCCGAGCGGUCACUCCACCUGUUUGCAAGUCCCAAAUUGUUAGGCCUCAUGUAAGUAAGGGGAUGUUUUCUCCUGCGGACUGAGUCAGGUGUCAGGAGCGGCCCUGUGGGAUUAACUCCUGUACCAGUAGCUCAGGGACACAGCCCUGUUAGGACACCAGUGUUCUCAAUUCAGGAGUUAACAGGAAAGGAUCACUCUUGAGCAAAACACAUUGUUUGCAGGGCUUGUAGUGUAGCAACUUUACAUUAGAUUAUUGGGUGGAAUUUACUUUUUCAGAAAUAAAAAGACUUCCAUGGUUAUAAAAGCUCAGAGCAGCUUCUAAUUUUUUUUUACAUGACUAAAAUUUCCAGGACAAAGCUCUUUGUCUUUUCUUGUUAGCAACAAAUAGAAAUUGGAGGUAUUUGAAAGCAGCAGUGUUACAUGAGUCAUUCUUAAAUGUUCCCAAUAAAUAUUACUUAGAAACAGACAAGGAAAUUGGGACUCAAACUGAUUUUCCUAUCAUGUUUAAAGAAACACUCCCCUGACUAAAUCUUUUCGGGCUGACUGCCACUGGGCACAUAUUCCUCAGUAGUCACCGCAGCCCAGCAAGACACCAUCAGACACUGCCGCUGAGGCUUCUAGAGAGCUCUAAAGUUCUGCACGACUUUCAGACUCCUACUGGAUUCUUGCCAUUGUACUAAGUUCAGAUUGUGACACUUGACAGAAAUGCACUACAGGGAAAGACUUGUGUUAGAGAAUCAAAUACUGUUGUGUCAGAAACUUUAAGAGCAACUUCCACUUUCAAUGACCUAUUAAAAAUAACCACUUUUACUUUCAUAACCUGAAGUGCCAGAGUCUGAUCCAGUGCCCGAUCCAGUGCCCCCUGUCAGCCCAACCUCAUGGGAAGUUGUCACUCUCGAAGCCUCCUUCCACUGCGUACUGAUGGGCUGACUCAGCCCGCGUCAGCAGACCCGUGUUAACUGCACAUUGCUGUCUGUGUCAAAUAAGACUGCUUAUGCCAGACUUGGUAAAAGCUCAUUACCCCCUCUGGAGUCCGUAUUCCCUACCAAAACCUUGUUUUCAUCAGUCCCAAGCCAUUUUAAUUUAUAUAAAUCAGAAUCCUUGCUGCUAAGUUGUAACUUUUACCAUACAAUAAGAAAGUUUAAAGAAAAUGAAAUAUAAGAAUUUUUCAUUCCUACCCUCACAAUAUUUGCAAGGGAAAACUCCUGUUUUCUCCUUACCUGCAGGGAUUGUGGCCAAUAUUUAAGGAAACAGAAACUGGACCAAAAAGUUAUUACCAGAGUCCAGCAAAAACUAUGCACAAAGAAGAAAUGUAAUUUCCUCCUAUCUGAAAAUUCAAGAGAAUGUUCUGCUAACUUAUAUUUUUAAUGACUAAUCUUAAAGUUUAUUUUGGAUAGGACUAGAACUUUCCACAGUUUAUUCUAAUAUCUGUGUUAUCUGUCAUGUGCAAUCAUUUUUAUUGGAAAAGUGAUAAAUGUGUAUGUUUAGACAAUUUGAUCUUAUGUGCGAAGCAUGUCAUGGCUAGCCAGUGUAUAUAGUAGACAUAAUUCUGAGCUAACUCUAAGUGUUGGGGAUUUAGCACAUCAAAAGAAUUCUAUUCACCUUGAGAACUAAGAAUAAAUACAAUUUAUUACUUGUUGAGGCUUAUAAGCACCACACUGUUCUGGUAUUUGUCCCCAAAGAAGUUGGUAACCAUUAGUUUAAUAAAUUGGGAGGCUGGGCAUAUUCCCUGGUGUGCUAAUCCCAGAAUGAGAUUAGCAGAUUGGCUUUCACAGCAAAUGUUUACUGACUGAAAUAUUCGCAUUCAUAUUAAGCCCUAAUUUCUGGGGCAGUCAGUAGGACGGAGGAGAUGAAUGGGAAAUAGUGCUUUUGAUGAAAGCUGUGAAGGGCUAAUAGUCUUAGAGAUACCAGUUCUUUUUCCCAUCGUAUUGGCAAGUAUGGUUGGACUAACACCAGCAGUGCUGUACCCAUGUAGUUGUGGAAACCUGAAAAGAUUGCCAGAGAUGCCAUUUCACCAGGGCUUUCUUCCUUGGGCUGUGUCCAUAGUAAUUUAAUAAUAUGCUGAGGAUGAAGAGGAAAGAGGUAUCAGUCUGUCCUUUAAUAAUUAUGUCAGUUUACAAUACAUAAAUAAUGACAAUAUUGCGUAUUUUCAAGCAACUCUUUAUAAUGCAAUAUCUGUUCUUUCUCUAAAAUUUAAAUAAAGACUUUUUAAACUUG